GUUGAAAUAAAUGGUCGACUAAACUGGAAAAUGGCGACGUUGUUGGAUGAUUUCUUUUUGAUGAUUCCGGCUCAAAUUGUCUAAAACCCAGGUCUGAAAGUGAAGACACCAUGCCUGGAAACGUUGAUCAAAGCAAGCCUGUGUCUCAUUUGGAUUCAGAAUUGUACUUCUUAAUUGCCAAAUUCCUGUCAGCGGGACCCUGUAAAAGAGCAGCAGAGAUUUUAAAGGAAGAACUGGCCGAGAACAAGCUCUUACAGAAACGAAUCGAUUGGGAAGGAAAUGAACAUGAAAGAACAUACGAAAAUUUGCUUGAAAUCCACAGACAUGUUUCUGCAGAUCAUUUAAAACUGAUAGUUCAGCGUUUAGGGCCAUUACUGGACAAGGAAAUCAAGCCUAUAGUUGUGGGAGUGCAAUCUUUGUUAGGUGCAGGACGUCAGUCACUGUUGAGGACACACGAAGGUGUAAAACAUGUCAAGUGGAAAUGCCAGACCUAUGCAGCCCGGAUACAUUCUAAGUCUCUUCUUCCUCCAAAUAAUUUUGCUCAUCCAGCAAACAUUGCUGCAGUGUUACGAGGCCAGGAACUGAGUGGACCCAGUAGCCAUAAUCUGUGUUUGCCUAGUCAGACAUAUUCCAAAGUCUCGCUGCAUGGACGCAAACUGGGACAUCUUUCAGCUGUGUACUGUGUGGCCUUUGACAGAACAGGACACUACAUUUUCACUGGUGCCGAUGAUCAUUUAGUAAAAAUUUGGAGAGCCGCUGAUGGUCGACUGCUGGCAACCUUACGCGGCCAUUCAGGGGAGAUCACUGACAUGGCUGUCAACUAUGAGAACACCAUCUUGGCAGCAGGAAGCUGUGAUAAAGUCAUUCGAGUCUGGUGUUUGAAAACCAAGUCCCCUAUUUCUGUCCUCAAUGGUCACACUGGAAUGGUCACAUCUCUGCAGUUCUGCCCUCUGAUAAGGGGAGAUAACCAGUUCCUGGUGUCAACUGGUGCAGAUGGCUGUGUGUGUUUCUGGCCAUUCAACAAAUUAACUCAUACCUUCAAUCCAAAGCCUAUCAAGUUCAUAGAGAGAUCUCGGGCUGGUGCUCAAAUGCUGUGUUCCUCCUUCAGCCCUGGUGGUAUUUUUCUGGCAACUGGCAGCUCUGAUUAUGUGAUACGGGUCUAUUGCUUUACAACAGCUCUACCAGAGAAAGUCAGUGAGCUCGAAGCUCAUAAUGACCGUGUGGACAGUGUGGAAUACAGUAACCAUAGCGACCGUUUCCUCAGUGGAAGUCGUGAUGGGACAGCCCGAAUCUGGAGGUUUGAGCGACAGGAAUGGAGGAACAUUGUACUCAACAUGGCUUUAGAAUUGAAUGAGGAAGCUGACAAACCUUCACCGGACAAGAACAAAGACAAACAGACGGUGACAAUGGUUUGUUGGAAUAAAGAUGACACACGAGUUGUCACAGCAGUGAGUGACUUCACCCUCAAAGUCUGGGAUUCCCACAGCGGCAAACUGCUUCAUGUCCUCAAGGGUCAUGAGGAUGAGAUAUUUGUGUUAGAACACAGUCCAUCUGACCGGCGCAUUGUGCUUAGCGCUGGCCAUGACGGUAAUGUCAUCAUCUGGGAUAUCAUUAGGGGCAUCAAGAUUAAAAGCUUUUACAACAUGAUUGAGGGUCAAGGUCACGGAGCUGUGUUUGAUUGUAAAUUUUCACCCGAUGGCCAAUCCUUUGCUGCCACUGAUUCCCAUGGUUACUUGUCUUUGUUCGGCUUUGGAUCAAAUGAGAAACACAACAUGAUUCCAGAAGAAGUGUUCUUCCACACUGACUACCGUCCUCUGAUACGGGAUGCUAACAACUAUGUGUUGGAUGAGCAGACCCAACAAGCCCCUCACCUGAUGCCUCCACCCUUCCUCGUGGAUAUUGAUGGAAAUCCUUACCCCCCAGACCUCCAGAGACUGGUGCCGGGGAGGGAGAACUGCAGCUCCACACAACUCGUACCUCAGCUGGCUGUUAAUGAGGAUGGUGACCAGGAGGUGGUGGGAGAUGCCCCUGGUCAGGAGCUGAGAGACGGGAUAGAAGAGGACCCCCGACAUGAGAUUGACAUGAUGAUAGCUUUGAUGCAGAGGCAGCAGGAUGAGAGACUGGCUGUGGAGAGAGGGGAGCCCAUUGCCUCCCCACCACCUAUGGGCUCACCCAGGGCACGUUCAUCAUCUGGUCGUGGUGUGGGAAUGAGGCGGAGUGGGGAGAUGGAAGGGGUGAGGCAGUCGCUGGAGAAUGUGUCUCAGAGGGCCACCAAGAGCCAGCUGGCUGCCAUCAAACACCAGGUGAUGGUAAAGGAGCUGGAGCCCUCUCUCACCAGAAAAAGUGAGACAUUCAGGCUGGCCAUGGCAGAGCAAGAACUGAAAAAAUUCAUCACAGAGAGGAGGAAGAAGCCGGCAUUUGGACAGCUGCAUGGAGAGAGUAGCACGGGUGGAAGCAACCAUCAUCGCCAAAAGAACGGAAGUGGACCAACAGAAGAAACAGGACGCAACCGCUUGACAACACGGGCCCUCUAUGAUACGGAGGAAGAGAUAGAUUUGUGCACAAAAACUGUAUAUGUGACUUUUUUGCUGUUGUUGUUUAAGGAGGAUGCAGAAAGUUCUCCGGAAGAUGUAUGGGAUAGUGAGAAGACAGGAGGAAGUGACUCCAGUGAAUACUCAGACUGGAUGGGUGAUCAGGGCUCUAACCUUCAGCCACCACAGAGAUCAUCUAACCGACAGAAAAAGAAGAAGAAAAUGACUUCCUCUGAAUCUGAGGAAACUGAGGUGGAUGUGGAAGGCAAUGAGGACAACACCAAAGAGAAAAAACCAGCCCCAGCCAAACGGCCUCAGAGGAAAAAACAGCAGCAGAAGAAACGCCAAAUUAUCAACAAUGUGAAUGGCGUGGAGGAAUUACCAGAGGAGUUCCGUCCCCCUGAAUGGCUGACUGAUACCAUCCCUCGUAAAGCUCCCUAUGUUGCUCAGAUGGGGGAUGAGGUCAUAUACUUCCGUCAAGGUCACGAGCUGUACUUACAAGCUGUAAAGAGACAGAAGACUUACGAUGUUUACCUAAAUAAGAACCAGCCCUGGAAUAAGCAUCCAAAUUUAAGGGAACAGGAGCUGGUAAAAAUUGUGGGAAUUAAGUAUGAGAUUAAACCUCCCCGACUGUGCUGUUUGAAGUUAGCUUUUAUCGACUCACAAACAGGGAAGGCAGGAGGUGGAACAUUCAGUAUUAAGUAUCAUGACAUGCCUGAUGUAAUAGAUUUCUUGGUGCUAAAACAGAACUAUGACACAGCUAUGAACCGCAAGUGGAAGGCAGGGGACCGUUUUCGGUCGAUGAUUGAUGACGCCUGGUGGAUGGGUGUGAUAGAAGCUCAGGCACCAUUCCAGGAAGAGUACCCAGACAGUAUGUUCCAGUGCUUUGUGGUUCACUGGGACAAUGGAGAGUUUGAGAAGCUGAGUCCCUGGGAUAUGGAGCCCAUUGAUGAAGAACGAUUGCCCCCAACAGUGGGCGGAGGUGUACCUGUGACUCAGGAGGAGCUGAAAUCUCUGAUGUACACACCCAAAGACAGUGAGUGGCCGCCAUGUGGAAGGGAUGAGGAGUGUGAGCGUAUCAUCCAUGGCAUUGAGGCUAUCAUGGAGCACUCCAUGGCUGAGCCCUUUCUGACACCCGUUGACCUGAAUGCCUUCCCCCUGUACGGCUUCGUCAUUGAGUACCCGAUGGACCUGAGCACUAUCAAAGCCAGACUGGAGAACCACUUCUACAGACGAGUGAAUGCAGUUCAAUUUGAUGUGCGAUACAUUGAGAGUAAUGCCAAGAUGUUCAAUGAACCUGGUUCUCUAAUUGUCAGAAGUGCCAGGAUGUUGACUGAAACCUUACUCAGGUUUAUAAGCAUGAGGGAGUGUUGUGACAUCUUACCGCUUCUGACAGAGCUGAGUCAGGGGGAGGAGUUCCGGUGGGACAGGAACAACUCGGACAGCGACACGGACACACAGACGGACAGCAAGGGGAAGAGGGUGGGUGGAAGUGGAUCCAGGAAGCAGGGUAAGAUCCAGUCUGAUCCCCAGGCAUGGAAGGAGGAGUGUAGAGAGCUACUGCAGACAAUGAUCCAGUGUCAGGACUCCGAACCUUUCAGGAGAGCUGUCGACCCACUUGAAUACCCGGACUAUAGAGACCUCAUUGACCACCCGAUGGACCUGGGUUUAGUGCGUGAGAACCUGGAGACAGAUCACUAUUCAGACCCGCUGCUGUACAGUAAAGACAUUCGAUUGGUCUUCCAGAAUUCCAGAACGUACAAUACAAACAAGAGGUCCAGGAUCUACACCAUGACCUUGCGACUCUCUGCCAUGUUUGAAGACCAUAUGAAGGAUAUUCUCAGCAAGUGGAGAGCAGCAGUAAAACACAGCAAGAGAGGCAAAUCCUCGGCGUCCUCCAGAUCAAGGGUACCUCGUCCACCGUCCAGAGCUAUGUCUGUGAUGUCAGGGAGAAGUCGUGCAAGUCACGUAACCAUUCAUCAGGAUCCUGCGGAGGGAGCAGGUGGAUCCAGUAGUCAUAGUAACGGUCACUCCUCCUCCUCACGAACUAUUCCUGUAAAUAAUGCCAGCUCAGGAGAAGAAAGCAGUGGUAGCACAACAGAAAUCGAAGCCGAACAGUGUGUUAGGAAAACUAGUAAUCCAACCUUACGGAAAAGCAGUGCUGGUUUGCAAUCCUCAGGCAGGGGGGGCAGAAACAGCCCUCUGACAAAUGGACACUCAGGUCCAUACACAACACGGUCCUCAACGGGGACGCGGAAAAGGAAAAAAUUGACGUCUUCAUCGGAAUCUUCAUCCAGCUCAUCAUCUAGUAGUUCGUCAUCAAAUUCUGAUACUGAAAUAGAGGAUGUGAAAUCCAGACCAAAGCGAAGACAGCCAUCUAAGAAGAAGCAGUCUGUGAUCAGAAAGAGCUUGUCUGAUUCAGGCCCUGAAUCCGCCUCUGCCUCCGAUGAUAAAUCUGACACAUCAGACUCCGAGUCAGCGGAAGAGAACUCUGCUAGUGAGAAAGAACAACAGGUUCGCAGAUCAAGACGAAAUGCCACCCAGAAAAGCAGCCUACCCCUUAGUAGACAAGGUGGUAAUAGCCGAGCUAGUUUUAGAUCUAAAAGACGGCGAUUGAUCAGUGAUGAUGAUUAUGAUGAAGAAAGUGGUGAUGAAGGUGAUGGUCAGGAUCCAGAGGUGGUUGAUGAUAAUGAUGAUGAUGAAGACUAUGUUGUGGCUGAGCCGAAAAGAAAAGCUUCUUUGCGGCAAAGAAAAACUCCUAAACAAAGAUCAGCAGCUUGUCAGCAGGACAGUCAAUAUGAAAGUGCUCAGCGAAGUCAGAGGACUAGAAACAGGGGUCAGAGAACGAUUCGUUAUCAGGAGGACUCAGACGAUGAUAGCGGUCAGUCAGAUGACCCUGACCGAAAUCAUGUAACUAUGAGCAGUCGUGGCAGACUUCGCAGGUUAACACCUCGAGCUCGAGCAAGCUUACUAGGGGAAUGAAUGUGCAUUUAGGCUCCAAGUGCCAAAUGAGCGUUUAGGCUUCAAGUGCGGAAUGUGCAUUUAGGCCCCAAGUGCCAAAUGAGCGUUUAGGCUCCAAGUGCCGAAUGAGCGUUUAAGCUGCAAGUGCAGAAUGUGCACUUAGGCUACAAGUGUCGAAUGAGCAUUUAGGCUGCAAGUGCCGA